AUAGCCCAGGAAAAGUGACACUCGCGGAGCCCGCCGGAGCGCGGAGGAAAUAAAAGCAGCGGCGGGCAGGAAGUGUGAGGAGGAGGAGGAAGGGGAGAAGGAGGAGGAAGAAGAAGAAGGAGGAGGAGAAGAAGAAGAACAAGAAGAAGGAGGAGGAACAGCAGUAGCAGCCGCCGCUGCUGCCGCGGCAGAAGAGAAAGCAAAAGCCUCUCGCCGGUGCUGUCCGGCAUCCGCGGGGCUGCGCGCCGCGACCAUGGCCCGGGAGAACGGGGACGGUGGCGGCUCCUGGAAGAAGCAAGCGGAGGACAUCAAGAAGAUCUUCGAGUUCAAGGAGACGCUGGGGACGGGUGCGUUCUCAGAGGUUGUUUUGGCUGAAGAGAGAGCGAGUGGGAAACUCUUUGCAGUCAAGUGCAUUCCCAAGAAGGCACUGAAGGGGAAGGAAAGCAGCAUAGAGAAUGAAAUUGCAGUCCUGAGAAAGAUCAAGCAUGAAAAUAUAGUUGCCCUGGAAGACAUCUAUGAGAGUCCGAAUCAUUUAUAUCUGGUCAUGCAAUUAGUGUCUGGGGGAGAGCUUUUUGAUCGCAUCGUUGAGAAAGGGUUCUACACUGAGAAGGAUGCCAGCACCCUGAUCCGGCAGGUCCUGGAUGCUGUCUACUACCUGCACCGAAUGGGCAUCGUGCACAGGGACCUCAAGCCUGAGAACCUGCUUUACUACAGCCAGGAUGAAGAGUCAAAAAUUAUGAUCAGUGACUUUGGAUUGUCAAAGAUGGAGGGUAAAGGAGAUGUGAUGUCCACAGCCUGCGGGACUCCUGGCUAUGUUGCUCCUGAAGUGCUGGCCCAGAAACCCUACAGCAAAGCUGUGGACUGCUGGUCCAUCGGGGUCAUCGCAUACAUCCUGCUCUGUGGGUAUCCCCCUUUCUAUGAUGAAAACGACUCCAAACUCUUCGAGCAGAUCCUUAAGGCAGAGUAUGAGUUUGACUCCCCGUAUUGGGAUGACAUCUCCGAGUCUGCUAAAGACUUCAUUCGGAAUUUGAUGGAGAAGGACCCUAACAAAAGAUACACCUGUGAGCAAGCAGCACGGCACCCUUGGAUUGCUGGUGAUACAGCACUCAGCAAAAACAUCCACGAGUCGGUCAGCGCGCAGAUUCGGAAGAACUUUGCAAAAAGCAAAUGGAGACAAGCGUUCAACGCCACGGCGGUGGUGCGGCACAUGCGGCGGUUACACCUGGGCAGCAGCCUGGACGGCGCCAGCGCCGGCGUCUCCAGCUCCCUCAGCCUGGCCGCGCCGCUCCCCGACACGGCCACACGGAAAGACUGUAUGUCUCCAUCCACUCUCUGUAGUUUUGUUUCAUCUGCUUCUUCAGGCGUUUCUGCAGUAGGAGGGGACCGGAGACCCAGACCCACCACAGUGACCACAGUGCACACAGGGAGCAAGUGAGCGGCGAGGAGCGGGCAGGGGGGUUGGCAGGUUGUCCCCCUGUCCCCCCCACCCCACGGUGGCACCCCCAGCAAAGGACUAGAAGAAAGAAGAAUUUUUUAUGGCCAUAUUUUAUACUGCAAUUCUGAAAUGUUUCAUUUAUCACAAACUGCAAUGACUCCAGGGGGAACGGAUCUAACAGUCUCUGGUGCUGUACAUAUAUAUACAUAUAUAAAUAUAUAUAUAUAUAUAUGUGAGUCUAGCAAUGUUCUAACUAAUGAACACUCAUUUUUUCCCCCCCAAUGAUUUACUCUUUUCUCAGUGUAGGUGACAGCAUAUGUUGUUUGUUUGUUUGUUUGUUUCCAAUAACUACAAACAUCUCAACUGGAUUAUUUAAAUAGAGAUACUUUUCUGAGCAUUAUUUUUCUUUUAAAAAGUACUUCCAGUAAUGUCCCUCCUUCCAGUUUGCUGGGGGAUUGGCUAUUUCUCUAGGUAGUAACUGAUGUUAAUUUUGCAACAUGGGAGGAUUUCAAUGGCAUGCAAUUUCUUGCUCCUCAAAUUGGACUGCAAGUUUGCCUGGCUUUAGCAGAGCCUCUGCUGCUCAGAUUGAGAAACUGCUGCUUUCCCUCCACUCCUUCUUCUUGAAAGCCAUGGCACAAGUUAGAUUGUCACCAGCAAGGAGUCAUCUCAUCCUCGGUCAGAUUCCUGUAGUGCUGGGGAUCUGCAGCACCCUUGUUUCAGAGGAGAGGCAGGUACACAGUGCUGGAGCCAACAAGAGCUGGGCAAAUUAAAUGAGAGGACAGACUCAUCCUGCAGCUCCUCUUUCCUUUGAGUCGCUGUGUUUUAUGAGCAGAAUGAAAGAAAAGGAAGGUGUGGGGCUGGGAGUUGUAGUCAUCCUCUUGCCACUGACUCGCUGUGCUGCCCUUGAGUGAGACAUUUAACUCACCAGCCUCCUCCCAGCCUGCACUCUGGAGCAGGGGCAUCCAGCCUGAGGGCUCCGUGCCAGAGGUCCUGAGCACCUGCAGCUCCUCAGGGCUUUGCCUGGCCUUGCUGAUGUUCAGCACCUCCCUCAGUGGCCAAAACUUAGUAUUGAAAGCCAAAAGAAAAGUUUGGACCUUACUCUCUGCGUGCCUGGGUUUCACCUUGGGGAGAGGGGUGACAAGUGCACCUCUCUGAGAAGCACUGGCAGGUUCUUGGGUGCAAAGUGCAGGAUCUGGUGGAGCGCUGCUUCAUGACAUUUGGCUCUGGCCCAGGGCUGGCAAGGAUCUGGGAAAGCAGGACCUUGCCAAAAGGCACAGGGGCAAUGGUGAUACUGCUUCCCCUUCCUCCUCAGAAACUCAUACACAAAAGCAAGCUCAAUUUUCCCACUUUUUAAUGACUAAAGACAUGCACUUCCCUGGCUCCAUGUGCUGGUGCAUCAUUUAGGAACAGCCACCAUGACGAAUGUGCAGCUGUGCACCAAAGCAGCUGGAAGUAGCAGAGGAGAGCAAAUCUGCCCAGAUUUGCCAAAGGGCUUUGGGUUUCUUCUACACCAUUCCAAGCUGAAAGCUUUCUGUUAGACAUUAGGAAGAAAUUCCUUACUGUGAGGGUGGUGAGACACUGGCACAGGUUGCCCAGGGAAGUUGUGGCUGCCCCAUCCCUGGAAGUGUUCAAGGGCAGGUUGGAUGGGGCUUGGAGCAACCUGGUGUAGUGGGAGGUGUCCCUGCCAAUGUCAGGGGGUUUGGAACUAAAUGAUCUUUCUGUGAUUCUACGAUUUUCCUCCAAGCAGGAAAGAGGGGAGGCAGGUGGCAGGGGCAGACACCCUUCCCCAGCCACUGCCAUUCCCCACAACGUGCUCUGUUACUAUGCUUGCCUCAUUAAUCCUGCACAAGAAAUUGUGAAAGCCAGUCACAGACACAGAUUAAUGAAUCAGGCAGUAGUGACCAUGCUGGGAAAAGCCAUAAGAAACACAUUUUUCAUUGAGUCUUCAAAAUCCUGUUUCAGCUUCAGCCACUUGCUUCAACUGGCAGAGCCAGGAUUUCAUCCAUCAUAUUUUGAGCACUAAAAGCUGGAAAAGCAGGUGGCAGUGAGCACUGACUCUGAAAUAGCCUCUCCUUUGGUGGCACUUAAAGCUGUUGCACCUGGUGGAUCUCUAGUUUCCUCAGUAUUAAGCUGCUCCCCAUUUUCAGAGGGUUGUGGCACAUUUUGGUGAGCCCCUGGUGACCCCGUCCAUGUUGCAGCUGCCAUGGAUGCUCAUGCAGAAAGGCUUCGACUUCCACUUCUCGUUACAGGAAAGAUGCCAGAUAUUGGUCUCUUGGGGACUGGUGACAAAACUCCAUAUAAUUUCCCUGGUGAGGAUUUCUGACCAAGAUUUGGGCAGACUGUUGAGCAAGGGAUCUCCUUGCUGCAAGUCAUGCUCCUGUCCCCAUCUCCAGGCCACCACCACCAUAUGCACCUGCCCCAUUGGCAAAGAGUAGGAAGAGCUUCAUCAGCCUUUACCACUUAUCACUUUUUAUGUUUUUGCUGCAAAGGUGUCUGAAAGUGAUUGUCUUAUGAUUUAAACUCAUUUUAAGGCCACUUUAUUUUGCCAGGCUUAGUAAGGAACCUGCAGUUUAGGAGAGACUCCUAUCCCAAGAAAUUCAAGUUAUUUUGAAACCACAUAAGUUCAGCUGGUCUACUCUGCUCCACUUGCAUGGAUGUAGAUAGACGGUCCCCCAGUUUGGAGUCAGUGGAGUUCCCCACAUUUACACACGUGCAACCAAAAGCAGGAUUUGAUUAGGGAAUAUUUUUCUCUUUCUACCAUUGUUUCAAAGAUUAGGGCUCAAGCAUUCCCUCUUUGCCUUCUCUUCUGAAACCUGAGGUCUGGUUUGAAUUUGAUGUAGUUGCUGAGGCCACUAAUCAAAAUGCAGCAUCCAAAUGUAUCUUGCAGAAAAAAAAAAAAAGAAAAAGAAAAGAAAAAAAAAUUUAAAGGCAAAAAAAAAAAAAAGGCAAAUGGAUUUCCAUCUGCAAAGCAAAGAGCAGUGAUGGGAGCAAAGGCAGACAUGCUGUCCUGCAGAUGGGGGGGUUCCCAUAUGCUGGCUGCCCCUUCUUGCUGGAUGCUUCUGUGUUGUUUUUUGUGUUUUGUUUUUGGUUUUUUUUUUUCUGGGAGGGCUAUUCUUUCCUUCCAUACUUGGAAUUGAGGUCAUUUGUUUUCCUGCCUGCAAGUAAUAUUCUGCUGUAGUUGUGUAAUUUAUCCUCAUUCUCUUUGGCUUGCUAUCAGCUUCUGGGAUCUUAAGACAAGAAACAGAAGCACUUGAAAGUAAAAUUGUUUCUUUCUGCUACAAUUUUGGGUGGUGGGAAGCUCUUCAUUUGUAUCAGUGACACACAGCUGGAGGCCUGGCCGGGGUUCACCACAAGCUCAGAGAUCUCUCUGAUCAUUGGGUCCUGAAGCACCUCCUGGUUAAAACUUCUCAGUUUAAAUCUGGGCAAAUAGGUUAACCAGGAUAACUUGCCUGGGCCAGAUUUAUGGAGGGGGCUGUAAAUGUUUGUCCCUUGGCAGCACUGCCUGGCACCACAAACACUCCAGCAUGUCUUGCCAGGGAUGCUCCAGUGCUGUUUUGUGUCCUUUCCCUGCCCGGAUCCACCCCUGCUCAGCCACUCUCACAAGUGAAUGCAAAGCCAGGAGCAAAUAAUGUGUGCAUGUGCAGCAAGGGCUAAUAGCUCAAAUGUAGAGGAAUCAAACCAAAUCCCCAACUGGCCUUGCCAUGAAGGAGCAGGUAGAAAAAUCCCUCUGGGUUCUUUCCCAAUGGACCAUCCUACUAAAAAAAUGUGUGAUUUGCUCCUCACAUGAGGACUUCAGCCUGGACUCACCUGUCUCUUACCCUUUUCUGCUUUACUUUACUGGCACCUAUGUGUUUUUCCUUUGUAACUUGUUUUCCUCAGCUCCUUCCCCUUCUUUUUCUUUGCUUGCAGCUUUGAUUGUUGAUUUUUACCUCCAGAGUCACAGAGGCCAUCUCUGAUGCCAACAGCAGUGCUCUUGCUGGGAAAACAAAAUCCAAGAAAACCUCCAGCUGGCCCCUUAGCCUGCAGAAGAAGUUGUGAGGACAGGCUGCCCGUGAACUCUGCGAGCUGAAAGUCAGUAUUGCAGUGGCUGGGGCUUCUGCUGCUGAUUUUGCAUGUGACUUCAUUCCCAGUGCAUCCUAACUUCCUGCUGGAUCACCCCUUCUGCAGCAUGAAAUGGAUAUUGGCCCUGCGGCACGGCUAGUGGGGGAGUAGGAGUACAGGGAAAACCUGGCAGUGAUGCUUCCCUGAGACUGUGUUGCUCUGCUGGUGAUGUCUCUUCUGUCCUGGUUGCUAUUGUACAGGUGCCAUUAGGGUAGUGGGGGCAGGAAACAAACAAAGAGUAGGAUUUUACCUAUGCCAUGUGUGUCUGUUAUGGUUGUGGUGCUGAAAUAAAACUGAGCAAUGACAGAGGUUCGUUCUCAAUAUGAAUCAAACCACAAAAAGGGAUGUCAGCCCACUGGUAGGCAUCUCCAUGUAGUUCUGCAGUAGGCAUUAGACAGGGGUUUCUGCUCUGCAUGUGUCCUACAUACCUCCAUGACUAAUGACACUAUUUUUUCCAUAACCCUAGAGGGACUUUGCCAGGCCCGGGAGCCAACACAGUCCCUGAUCUCUGUCUUUUCUCCCAGAACCCUCUGAAAACCAGAGAAUGGUCUUCAAAAGUGCCCAAGAAAUGCAGUGGCAGUUAGCCCUGUGGCUGCCACUUCCUUAAGCAUGACCCUCUUCUUAGUGAAACAAGUCUCCAGGAAAAGCCAGAUAGGUUUUAGCCUUUGGUGAGCGGAGAGAAUAUUGUCCUUGGAUGUGAACUUGGUGUUAACAAGAUGGGAUAAAGGAAAACCUGUGCUAUUGGUGAGGCACUGGAACAGGCUGCCCAGGGAGGUGGUGGAGGCACUGUCCCUGUAAGUGUUCAAAAAAUGGGUGGAUGUGGUGCUUUGUGAGAUGGUUUAGUGGUUAGUGGUUGUAGGGUGGAUGGUUGGACUUGGUGACCUUGAAGGUCUUUUCCAACCUUGAUGACUCUAUGAUUGUGUGAUUCUAUGAUUAGUUCCCCCUGUGAUAACAGCUCCAGACCAGAGCAGCAAUAGAUGAACACUGCAUAAAACCACCAGGCUGACUGCCAACAAGAUCAUGCAGGCUGCAUCCUGUUGCUUUUGCUUCUUCCAAAGAGUCAGAGGAUUCAUCUACUGGGAAAUUAACAGUUUCUAGACUCAGCCCCAAGGUAUGGAAGUAUCUUCCUUUCAGCCUGUGGAAAUUCCCAUUCAAUGGGAUUACUUGCAUUCUUGCUCCCACGUGUAUUUACUGGGGCCUGAAUGAAACCCAGAAAUUAUUCAUGGGAAGGGAGUUUUGCCUUCAUUAUCAUGCUUAUUUGCACCAGAAACUUUAUGCUAAGAAUUAUACUCAUUCAAGCAAAAAGCAGAAACAUACAUGAAGACUGCAGCAUCCAAGGAAAGCAGCAUCAAAACCAGGCUUGGAGGAUUAGUUGGCUGAUGACCGUGAGCAAUGGCUGAGUGAGGAAAUAGUAACCUGCUCACAGACAUUGCAGGAAUAGUGUUUCCCCCAGGAAAUUCCAGUUUUCUUGCCCAGCAGCAGGUUUUACGCAUGCCUUUUCAUUUUUCCCUGCAUCCCUACAGCUGGGUCCUGCCUUCCCAUCCUGUCUGCUGGAGUGGUCCAGUCUCUGUGACACACGUGUGUGUGUGAGUGUGUGUGUGUUUUGUGGCCCCAGGGGUCACAAAUCCCACCGGUGGGACAUCAGGAGCUGGUUCAGGUUUUUUGGUCUGACUUUGCACUGUUGGAUCAAAGCUGUGUAAAUAGUGUUUGUAAGGGAGGACAAAGGCUCUUUAGUCCAGACUCUGGUUUUCAAGACCCCUUCCCCACCAUGAACCGUGCCACAGAUCUGUCCAGGUAGCUAUUUUUUCCCUCCUCUUCAUAAAUGAUAAGGUCAGAAGAGCAACUUUUACAUUUUCCCAUGCUCCAGAGUGGAAUCAGGGCAUGUACUCUCACAAGAGUUGUGAAAAACCACUGCUGAACUAAUGGUGACUUCCAAUGUCCAGUAAAUGCAUGAUACUGCACUGCAUGUAUUAAACUGCUGUUCACUGUUUCUGGAUUUCCCAGGCCUUUUCUUUAUGCACAUUCAACCCAACCUUUUCUUCGAGGGGUUUCCUGCUACGUUUUGCUUUUAAAUGACUCAAUGUAUCUGUAACUCGAAAAUCCAUCGUUAAGUUUGAGUAAAUGCAAAAGCUGAUGUUUUGUAAACAAGAUACUGCAAAGCCUGGUAAUGUAUUUUUGUCUUUCUGUUGAAUGCUCUGCAGCAUGUACAGGAAGAGUCACCAUCCAGAGCAGCUUGAAACUAUGCAGCAGUCACAUAGACAUGCCUAGAAACAGGGAACUGGGGAGGGGAGGGUCCCUUUUUGAAUACAGUGCUUAAAAAUUUGAUCUGCAUCAAGAAAUCCUUCCCUGGGUUGCUAAUGCCCAGGACUCCCAAGAAGUAUGUUGGUGUGUCUCUGUUUUUUUCUUUUUGCUUUUGGUUUGUUAUUAUUAGGCAAAACUUAGACUGGUUCACUCAAUUCUUAGUAUUUUCUCUUCCUACAAAAUGUUCCUUUCUCACCUGUUGCAGAAUGACCUGCAUUUUGGGUGCCAAGAUGCUGUGAUUAUUUGCCUGCACAAAAUAGGGCAGAGAGCUGAGCUAUUUAUUCCAUCCUUUCCAAAGCUUUGCUACCUAAAUGCUAGUAAGCAUUUGAUCCUUGAUUCUCCAUAUAGUACCACCAUUUAUCCAUGGAAGAGUUUGGUGUGGUACUUUUCCUUCUUCCACAUGGAAAUGGUGCCAUUGCCAUCUCCUCCCUUAGUCAUUGACCCAUUUUCAUUUGUGCUGGUCUUUCUAAGGCAGGGUACAGGAUAGCCCUGAGGCACUUGUAGUGCCUCCAGCUCCAUCCUCUUGUGGGGUCAGCAGGGCAUUGGUCCCAGCUCCUGCGUGGUUGCUAUGGAAUAGAUGAAGAAACAGGUUGCCCAGGGAAGUUGUGGAAGCCCCAUCCCUGGAAGUGUUCAAGGCCUGGUUGGAUGGGGCUUGGAGCAACCUGGUCUAGUGUGAGGUGUCCCUGCCCAUGCAGGGGGGUUGGAACUAGAUGAUCUUUAAGGUCUCUUCCAACCUAAACCAUUCUGUGAUUCCAUUCUCAAGUUCCCAACACUCAAAGCAGAGCAUUCUAAAAUGCCUGGGAUAUUGCUCUGGGUUUCUGGCAAGGGCAUGUCAAGCAGUCCUUGGGAAUGAUGGAGGGGACUGCUCCAUGGUGGCUGAAAGCACCGGGAAGUCUUGAGACCACCUUCAAGGCUGGUGCUCAGCCAGGAUGCUGUGCCACUGCUGAAGCUCUAGCUGGCAGCUUAAAAAAUUCAUCAUUAAUGAUGGUUGUAAAUCAGCCUGAGUUCAGCAGGCUGAGGCAGCACAUGGUGCAAGGCUCCAUGAGGAGGUGGACAAGUGCUGUGACUCCUGGUGGGUGGGAGGAUAGCUCUGAGCUUUUCCAUCUCUCAUCUGCAUCUGCUGAGCCCUGCAUGGAAUCACACGUGCUGUCCUGCAGCAUGAUUCCCAAAGUGAGGAGCGUGGAAGGUCGCAGCUCAGUGGAUGAUCCGGUGUGACUCAUCUUUUCUGGUCAAUGCAACACCAGCAUCUUGCUGUACACUGAACUCUAGCUGAUAAACAGCAUUUUGGUCCAUUUGGGCCUUUUUUUUAGGUAAAUAUUUAAUUUGGGUCAGCAAACAAUGAAAAAAAAAGCCCAGUCUGCCCACACUAGUGACUCCCCAAAUAUCCCCAACUGCAAAACAUCUCUCAGUUGACUUUGAAUGAAAAAGCAAGCAUGUUUUCUACAAAGGCUUAAAUCUUGAUCAAGGAAUGUCAGUGUGCCUAAUAUUGCAGGUCUUGUGGUAGAUACAAGUUUCUAACAGCAUCUGUGUCCAAAAAGGAGGGAGAAUGUGUAUUUACUCCGUGCAUGUAUUAAGGCAUCGCAAAAGUUUUAGCUGCAUAAUGAGUUUGCAAUACUGCAAAUUGUUCAUGGGGCUAUGUUGCAAGUGGUUCUCUGCCUUGACAAUCACGUAUACAUAUCAAGAUUUCUAUCAUAAUGAUAACUUAAAGGGAUGACUAAUUGUUUUCCUCCAAUAAAUCCAAUUAAAUCACCCUG